UGCUAAAUGAAAUUAUGCAAAUGGCGUGUGCAAUCAGUUCGAUUUGAGACCGUCAGGUGCGAGUACUUCGUAGCAUGUUCAAAUCCAAGUCCUUCGAUUUGGUGAAUGAGGAGAAGACAAAGAAGCCGGAACGACUCUAUCAGCCGCGUCGGAUGCGAUGGCUAAAAUACAUUAUACUGCCGGCCGUCUUUGCGUUUGUGCUCCUUUUAAUCCUGGUCAAUGUGGAUUUCUCCGACAACAGUGAGGAAGUGACCUCCAGUUCAACGAGUCUAGGGUUGCACAGAGACUACGACUGGGAAUCGGAUUCAGGAUAUGUCUCAACUGAAGCCAUAAUUAGUGGCAAAGAGAAUUCCACUCAAAAAAUUUCAAGAGGCUAUGGUCCGGGACUUGUGGGAGUCACGACUACAACAACUAGUAAAGCAGAAUCGACAACAACAAAAGCAUAUACUACUUCAAUUUCAAGUACAACUUCAACAACACAUAGUACUAGUACACCAAUACCUAGCGAAGCACCAACAAUACCUAACGAAGCACCAACAAUACCUAACGAAGCACCAACAAUACCCACCACCACCCAAUCACCGAAUUACGGCGAAGAGCUGAGCGAGGAAUACACGUGUUCUGUACCCCAGGAGGAUAGUACAACGAUAACAAUGCCCUCAGAAAUGAUACUUAAGUUCAAGGAUCCAAAAAACCAUAAGCUUGAGGUCGCCAUAAGCGAUUGUGAGUCCCCUCAAAUGCGAAUAAUCUACUUUACAAACAACUCGUUCACAGGAUCCCUAGAUCAAGAGAGUUUGGAAGUAACGUUAAGUAAUAUAACAUUCGGUUUGAACUGCGGAAAACCUUACAUUUACUGCGUUAUGCUGGGCGGGAGAGUAGCCGAUACGCCACAUUGUCUUCCCCACAGGACAAUGAUAUGUGAGGUCUAUACUUCGGAAACAGACUCCUGGUUCGAGGCUAACGGGGGUCUGGUCAUUGGCCUAGGAGUGGCUACUAUUUUGAUAAGCAGCCUCCUCGGAAUGCUGAUAUUGUACGGCACCCUCCGUUGGAAGCCCUCCCUGUUGAGGGGGAGUAAGCACCAGAUUGGUCCUUCACGGGAUUCGAAUACAAUGGUUCUGAUUCCCCAGGAGUCCGAAAAGAACGAGUACGGCAUGACAAGAACUCCGAUUUCAACGGUGGACAAUAACGAAUACAUAGUCGCUUAUCACCGAUAUCUGGAGCAGGCGAAUCUCCGGCAGUUGGAGUCCAAUAAAUACAUAAGUCCGCCCAGGGAAAGGGCACCCUCUGUACCGCCAUCCUGUGACAGUUCCUCCCAUUUCCCGCCUUCUCUGCCGGCCAGGAAUGUGUACGAGAGUCUCGAUAUUUACGAGGAACUGCCAUAGAGCUAUAAGUUUCGAAUAUCUUAAUAUCUAUAACUGUUGCAAAAAACAAAAUUAUAAGAAAUGUAUUUAUGGA